UUAUAUCAAUGUUGAUCCAGCUCCAGCCAAACACACAAAUUCACGAUUAUCAUCUAUCGCCAGAAACCCUAAUUCAGAGCUACAAAAUCACGAGAUAUAAGAUAUGGUCGGCCACGUUUCAGUGGAAGUAGCAAAGACGGUGAUUGAGGUCGCUGACGUGGCAUGGACCGCCGUGGAGAGCUGCCACCACCACCUCCACCACGACGGCCCGAAGCCAUCACCGCCAGAAUGGAAAGAAAGAUCUGAUUUUGAUAUCGAAUGUAUACGAGCGGAAAACGAACGACUUCGUCUAUUGCUUGAAAAAACCUCAAUCUUCUGCAGGAGAUAUCAAGUUCACCUACGUUGAUGCAUAAUUGCCCAUCCAAUCUGAAUGAUCGGAUUCUGGAUGCUGUUCAGUCGGAGAGCUUCGUGAAUGAGCUUGAAUUCCUCCGUCAAAACACUACCUGCACAUUUCCAUUUGAUGAGCCAUCUGGCACGGAUCUGGAGAACGCAGAAAUCUUGAUCAACAUGGAUCACGAAGAACCAAGUUGGUGGGUCUGGGUCUCUGAUGAUAUGGUCCCUAAAAAUACUGAAGAGAAGAGUGGAAUUGACAAUGAAAAUUAUGUAUUUGUAACUGAGGAGCAUGUGGUGGAUGGAGUUGCUACCUUUUUGGCUAGAUGCAUCUUGGCGAACCCAAAUUCAGUGAAUUUGCCUCCUUUGGAGCUACAGAAAGCCCUAAUGAAAGCUCUGAAAGGAAUGAAUAAAUUAGAGAAAAUGGUAGACAUUUGGCAUGCUGGAAAGCUAUUUUACACCCUAGCCAUGUGGGGGCUUGCCCUAGCGAGUUUAUACAAAGGUCGUGCUAUUCUGAGACUCGCUACACUUGGGGUUCACCACUCGAGCAAAGCAGCUCUGAAGAUCCUAUAAGAAUUGUCUUCUUUGAAUGCCAAAACUUUCCUCUAAUGUACAUGUGUAAGAAAGGUUGCCAGUGUUGGAUUGUUCUAUGUGUGUUCCUAUUAUUUGAUUUCUUCAUGUUCAACUUCUGUAUAUAUCUGCGUUCAUUGUCAAAUGUAUAUAAAGUGUGAACAAUUUGAUGGAAAUUCAGGCUCCAUUGCCAUGAUUAUGAUGUCUGAAA